AUGAACGUGGUCGACGACUCAGUCUUUCAGGUGCUGAGUGACGCGUGGGCCGCUGUUGGUGUGCCAGCGGAUCGAUACUGGCGCUGUUCCCAACAUCUGCGUGGCGGAAGCUCAGCGGCAAUGCUACCGAAGAAGACACCCUCGUCGCCACACAGCUUGCUAGGGCUGCGUGUGCCGAACCCCCUUCGCCUUCACUCGUCCUUCUACCCUACACGCGUUGAGGCGCUGGCGGCGCGUGGCUACGGCGCCCACCGUGGCCUUCUUCCUAUCGCACUUGACCGAAGAAGUGGAUCGGGUAGUAAACUCUUCAACGUUCUUCCACGAUGGAGCACCAACGUAGUCGGCAUCGGCGAAGCAGGGGUGGAGACCUCAGCGGGCAUUCGGCAUGGCAGCGCCGUCGCCGAUUUCGUGAGCGCCAUACCCCACACCCAAGAUCGCAACUUGUACGCGCUGGUGGAUGAGUCAUGUCCGGUAGAUCCUUACUUUGAUCUGGAUUUCGCGUACGACCCGGAUCAGGACGACCCGAGUGAUGCUUUGCUCGUGCAGAGCUACGGCGAGGGCAAGGAGGUGGCGUCGGUGACCGCCUUCUCUGCCGAGGCAGUGGAGAAGGUGCUGCUCACAAUGCUCACGGCUCUUCGUCGGGAAGUGGAGACGGAGCUCAAAACCACUGUGGCGGAGUGCCUGGUGCUGACGAGCAGCCUUCAAAUAGGGCGGCGCCCGGAUACGCCCUCAGCACCGGCUUCCUUAGAGCAGCUGAAGCUCAGCUUUCACGUGCACUUCCGUUUAGCUGACAGAGCGGUGCUGGCGUCAGUGCGAGAAAUGCACCACUUCGUGACUCGGCUUCGUUCCCGACUUCAAAACGACGAAGCGGCAGCGACAACAUUGUCCUUGCUGGGCAGCCCCACGAGAGAGAAGAGGGAGGAAGCUCGACAGGCCUCCUCCCUACUGCUGCGGUGUGUGGACUUUGGUGUGUACACGCGGUGGCGCGCUUUUCGUCUACCGUACAACGUCAAGGCAUUCGAUGCUGCGCGGUCAAGUGCGUUGGUGAGCGGCGCUGGGGAUGACUUGCUGGAGGAGCAGCUCCAGCAGCUGGGCAUUGCACUCCCAGACAACGGAGUGGGCAGAGCAGCGCCGAGCGUGCUGCAGAACCUCUUCCUUGCCGCAGACGUUGCGACUCACAAAGCGCAGCGCUAUUUGCUCAAGCGCUUGGAGCAACAUUUUCGCUUUCUCUUGCCGGUGUUGCCGGGAGCUACGGAGCUGAGGUCAGCUGCGCUGGCAGAGUUUCUCUCCCCGCUUGUGCCCCGGCAGGUGCGAGCGGCGGCGGCAGAGCUGAGCAGGCCCUCCUCUCCCACCUCAUCAGCGAGGGACGUGGUGAGUGCGUGGGUUAUGGAGCUCGCCUGCAUCGUACGAGAUGCCUCAACGCUGCCGCACUCGCGCGACGACGGCGCCGUGCAGGAGUCGACGACAAGCUCAUCCUUCCGACUACUUCUUGACGAAUGCACGAUCACUUCUGCCGCCGCAAAGGCGUCUGCGCAGGCCACCAGCAACACCUUCGACGUUCCGCUACCUCCAAUGCCACGUAGUGUGCGGGUUCGAGUCGAGGACGCCGAGAUGAAGCGACUUCUUGCGGAGGUGUUUUGGUGCAUAGCGCCGGAGUACGGCGGCCCAGGCGCUGUCGUGCGAGCCUCACCGGUGGCGGACGCGUGGAACGCGCUCUCAGCGCCGAACUCCAUCACUCCGGAGCGCAUCAACGCUCACUACGAGGACUCGAUUCGAGCAUACUACGUCUUCCAGAAGCAGAACAAGUACUGCGUCCGCCUGCAUCGGAAUCACAAGGCAACCUUCGCGCAGCUGUACUUGACAUUCGGAUCCAUCAAGAUUCGUUGCUACGCAAACGACUGCUGCGACCGGUGCUGCAUCAUUCCAUGGGAAGCCCCAGAUAACCCGAAGUCGGGGCCUCAAUACCAUGCUGGGUAUCCCAGGUAUGAGCGUCUCGUGGCGAUUCGCAAUGCGCUCUUUCCGCCCUUGUCGACGGAGGAGCUGGUUCGCCGCUACGGCACAAGUAUCUUGCAUUACGUGUAG